AUGGCUGCGUGUGUCACUCAUCCUCUAGAUCUUGUCAAGGUACGGCUACAAAUGCGAUCUGCUGAUAUGCCGAAAUCCAUGAGUGGGACUUUCGUGCAUAUUGUGAAGCACAAUGGCUUCAGUGGUCUAUACAACGGCAUCUCAGCCUCCCUGUUGCGCCAACUCACAUAUUCCACGACCCGCUUCGGUAUAUACGAGGAGUUGAAGUCAAGAUUCACAAAGGAAGGAAAACAACCCUCUUUCCCUUUGCUGGUUGCCAUGGCAUCAGCGUCGGGCUUCGUGGGAGGCAUAUCAGGCAACGCUGCAGACGUGCUCAACGUGCGUAUGCAGCACGACGCCGCGCUACCGGCUGCCGAAAGGCGCAACUACAAGCAUGCCAUUGACGGUAUGAUCCGAAUGGCGCGUGAGGAAGGACUUUCGAGCUGGUUCCGCGGUGUGUGGCCCAACAGCGUACGCGCUAUGUUUAUGACUGCCGGACAACUCGCCUCGUACGACACAUUUAAGCGCAUGCUCCUUACAAUGACCCCGAUGGGCGACAACCUGGCAACGCACUUCACCGCGUCAUUCCUGGCCGGUGUGGCUGCCGCUACCAUUACAAGCCCGGUGGAUGUCGUCAAAACCCGUGUCAUGUCGGCGAAGGCACACAGUAAUUUGCCUCAUGUGAUUGCUGAGUUGUAUGCUCAGGAUGGUUUCCGUUGGAUGUUCAAGGGCUGGGUGCCAAGUUUCCUUCGUCUCGGACCGUAA